AUGCGGCUUGUCAUUUCCUGUACUAGUUGUAACAGAGCUGAAUAUUUUCUAGGUUACCUAACCAAACUUCUGCAAAAUCAUACUGCCUAUGCCUGCGAUGGGGAACAUUUGAGUCUGCACUGUCCACGGCAUUCAACAAUAAGUGUCCAGUCAGCAUUUUACGGGCAAGACUACCACAUGUGUGGUACUGGGGAGCAGGAAACCAGAAUGAGAAAACCCAUAAACUGCGUGGCACCCACCUCUUUGCAGAAAGUGCUGGAUGAAUGCCAAAACCUGAGAUCCUGCCAACUCCUUGUCAAUAGUCGGGUUUUUGGACCUGAUCUGUGUCCAGAGACCACUAAAUUCCUCCUUGUCUCCUAUAAAUGCAAACCUACUGAAUACAAAACCAAAUCAGCAUGUGAAAACCAGGAACUGAAACUCCACUGUCAGGAGUCCAAGUUCCUUAUCAUCUACUCUGCCACUUACGGCAGAUGGGCACGUGAGGAGAACAUCUGCUCAACAGAAGUGGAGCGAGUCCCCCCUUUCGACUGUUUGUCUUACACGGCGCUAGAAGUUCUAUCAAAAAGGUGUUAUGGGAAGCAGAGAUGCAAAGUAAUUGUCACUAGCCGGGAUUUUGGAAGUCCAUGCCUACCUGGAGUGACAAAAUACCUUAAUGUCAGCUAUGCAUGUGUUCCUAAGUUUAUCCUCACAGCUGUCAACCCCCUCGUCACAGAUAGCAAGGCUUCCGUUAAACAGAACGAUGGUGUCAAACCUGAUCCAAAGGAAUCAAGACUUCCAAAGAAAGAUGACAUUUUCGUUAGUGACUCCUUGGCUACAUUUGCAUACAUCAGAGAUCACCUUGAAAGAGCUGCUCUUCUGUUUAUGUCCAGCGUUUGUGUGGGAUUAGUCUUCAUGCUGUGUGCUUUGGUGUUCCGCGUGCCCUGCUCCAGGGACUUGCAGAAAUUGCACAGAGAGAAGGAUCACUUGGUGCCACAAAGUGAUGAAGCAUACAAGAGCAGUGAAAAUGAGGAGGAGGAGGAUUCCUCUGAUUCGGAUGCCCAGGAUGAGGUAUCAGGACUUUACAGACCUUCUUACUCAGGUUACAGUUCCACAGAGGCAGCAGAACUGGCUGAAAGGAUAGAGCGCAGGGAGCAGAUCAUACAAGAAAUUUGGAUGAACAGUGGUUUGGAUAUGACACCUCCUAGAAAUAUGAAUACAUUUUAUAUUAAUGAACAAUAA